GGGUCUGUGUGCUGGAGGAGUUUUGUUGAUGUGUGUGUGUGUGUGUGUGUGUCUGUUGUGUAGACGGGUCUGUGCGCUGGAGGAGUUUCAGUCCGCUCCGUCUGCUGGCUCUCGGCGGCAUCGUGGCGUCCGUCAGCGCUCUGUCCUUCGGCCCCUUCAUCGCCAUGGGUCAACUCCCUCAGGUCCUGUCCCGUCUCUUCCCCUUUAAGAGAGGCCUCUGUCACGCCUACUGGGCCCCGAACAUCUGGGCGCUCUACAACAUGCUGGACAAAAUCCUGGCGAUGCUCGGUGUUCGUCUGAAGCUGCUGCAGGAGGCGGAGCUUCCUCGAGCCUCCAUGACGGGGGGGUUGGUUCAGGAGUUUCAGCACUCGGUCCUCCCCUCCAUCACUCCCUCCAUCACACUCGUCUGCACUCUGCUCUCCGUCCUG